GGCCCGGACUUCCGGCGGCGACGGCUGGCGCUUGUGCUGUGCGUUGCACUCUGCUCUUUAUUUCUCCGAACGCGUUGGCCAGGGGUUCAGCAUUGGUUAACCGUUAACCUCCAGGGCAGGCUUUUGCGCAGGCACCAGAGGCCCCCUGACAUUGUUCACCUUGGGAAUUGGGCCUCACCCCUGACCUGCGGCCCUAGUGGUUUCAAACAUUUUUCUGGGCAUUUGUGCGCUCUAAAAUAAUAACUGCUUUAGGGUUUUUGCAGCCCUGUUCGUCCCAGAUAUUUGUCUCCUGGAGUCUGCCUAUGGGAUUGCAUCUGAACCACCAGACUAUCCAAGGCGCUGCUAGUACUUCUUCUUUCUUUCUUUCUUUUUUUUUAAUAUUUAUUUUUUAGAAGUAGUUGGACACAAUACUUUUAUUUUUAUGUUGUGCUGAGGACCGAACCUAGGGCCUCGCACGUGCUAGAUGAGUGCUCUACUGCUGAGCCACAACCCCAGCCCUGCUGCUUGAUCUUAAUAACUGCAGAUCAUCUUUACUGAAACGUUAAAUACAGUUUGAAGUCACUCAAGACAAACUGGCAGAGCUAUAAAGAACUUAGAGGUAGGAACCAACUAAGCAUUUCCUGAGGUUAGGCCCUGCUCUAAUCAUUUCAAGUGAAUUCAAGCACUUAACCCUCACCAUGCUCUAUGUGGCAGCCCCUUUCUUAUGCAGCACAGCAGAAUGAAGCAAUUCGCCCCAAAUCACGCAAAGCCUGGAUUUAAGUCGAGCUCAGCUGUGAUCAUGGAGCGCUAAUGCCAGCUGAUGGUGGCCGUUUCCAGAACGGAAUAGCUACAGGACUUUAUUAGGCUUGUAUUCCAUUUUAAACAUUUGUGGCUACAGCUCUUACACAUUAGCGUUUCUAAAUUAAAAAGAAAAAAAAAAAUCAGAACCAUCUUUUUUUCCUGAUACAUGUAUAUACCACCAAUAUAAAGAUAACCAUUAUAUACAUAACUGAUGUAAAUCUUUGCAUUGCUAAAAGGAUGGUUUACUUGCAGGCUGCAUGCUUUAUAAGAAAUGUAGGUCUACCUAAUUAGUACUUACUCAUAUCUUCGAUCAUUAAUCAACAAUUUAGUGAGAGUCAGUGAGCCUACUAUAUGAAAAGAGGCCAAGCAGUAGGCACUCACUGGAGGAUAGCUGGGUUUUUUUGUUGUUGUUGUUUUGUUUUUAAUCUAUUGUUAUUCUGUCAUCCAAAGAGAUACAAAACUACUGUCCAAGGCAUUUCUGUUGCCUGAACCUAAAAGCAAGGGUGUCACCCUGGUGAUAAACAUUUUGAUAAUGUGUGGGCCAAGUCCCCAGACUUAGUAAAAGCACCUUUGUCCUUGCUCAAGAGGAAUAUCAACAUGGAUCCUGAUGGGUCUGUACAAGAUCCUGAAGAUAAGGAAUAUUCUUCUGUCUGUGUUGGCAGAGAAGAUGACAUUAAAAAAUCUGAAAGAAUGACAGCUGUUGUCCAUGACAGAGAAGUGGUCAUUUUCUACCAUAGAGGAGAAUAUCAUGCUAUGGAUAUUCGCUGUUAUCAUUCAGGAGGACCUUUACAUUUGGGAGAAAUAGAGGAUUUUGAUGGACGACCAUGUAUAGUUUGCCCCUGGCAUAAAUACAAAAUUACUUUGGCAACAGGAGAAGGAUUAUACCAGUCUAAAAACCCUAAAGAUCCAUCGGCAAAACCCAAGUGGUGCUCCAAAGGAAUAAAGCAAAGGAUUCAUAGAGUGACAGUGGAUAAUGGGAAUAUUUAUGUGACUCUUUCUAAGGAACCCUUUAAGUGUGACUCUGAUUUUUAUGCCACUGGAGACUUCAAAGUAAUUCGGAGUUCUUCCUGAUAAAAAUAUAUGACAAUGAAAA